AUGGCACCUAGUAUNCCCCAAGUGCUCGAUGUCCGCACGCCGGCGGCGAGACGGCAGCUCGCAAAGACAGGCGUCGAUCUGUAUACUNNACGCAAUAUUCUCUUCUUGUUGUUCCUCGUGCGAUACUCACGAGUCGCUUUGAUCCAUCUCCACGGCUAUGGACCCGUCGCCAGCGCGAAGAUGGGCUACGCCGCCCUCCGCAAGUCUCUCUACCGCAUAUUCCUAAGGCUGCCAGGCGUACGCGGCAAAGUCCAAGCCGAGAUCAAACAGACAUUGGGCGAACUAGAAAAGAAACUCGUGCCCUCUGGUCCGGGCAUCACGAGAUAUACAGCACUGCCUGCAUCGGGAUGGGGUCCCGAGCAGGUGCGCGCCGAGCUGGAGAAGUUGCAUGAGAUGGAACACACACGCUGGGAGGAUGGCAGGGUCUCGGGCGCCGUAUACCAUGGCGGUAAAGAGCUCCGGGAGCUUCAGAUGGAAGCCUUUGGCAAGUUUGGUGUCGCCAAUCCUAUCCAUCCAGACGUCUUCCCUGGUGUGAGAAAGAUGGAGGCCGAGGUAGUGGCAAUGGUCUUGGGCAUGUUCAACGCGUCUGCAGAUGCCGCGGGAGUCACAACCAGUGGAGGCACAGAGUCCAUCAUCAUGGCUGUCCUCAGCGCCAGAGAAAAGGCUCGUAUUGAGCGCGGUGUCACCAAGCCAGAGAUCAUCCUGCCCGAAACAGCACACACUGCCUUCCGCAAGGCAGCCGCCUACUUCAAGAUCACCGUCCACUAUGUACCUUGUCCGGCACCAACUUACAAAGCCUCUGUCUCGCACGUCUCUCGUCUUCUAAACAGCAACACUAUCCUUCUCGUUGGCUCUGCCCCAAACUUNCCCCACGGCAUCAUCGAUGAUAUUCCUGGCUUGUCUCGCCUUGCUCUUCGCAGAAACAUNCCUCUCCAUGUCGACUGCUGUCUCGGCAGCUUCCUGGUCCCUUUCCUCGAUCGUGCAGGCUACGACUCUGAACCCUUUGACUUCCGUGUCAAAGGUGUAACCUCAAUUUCCUGCGACACCCACAAGUAUGGCUUUGCUCCCAAAGGAAACAGCACAUUGCUUUACCGCUCCGCUGCCUUGCGCAAGUACCAAUACUUUAUCAGUCCUGACUGGAGUGGAGGCGUCUAUGCUUCGCCAUCAAUGGCUGGCUCGAGACCUGGCGCGCUCAUUGCGGGCUGUUGGGCUAGUAUGAUGAGCGUAGGCGAGCAAGGCUACAUUUCCUCUUGUCACAGCAUUGUUGGCGCAGCAAAGAAGUUGGCAGAAGGUCUUCGCAGCCGAGACACCUUGCGUAACGACCUCUUCAUCCUCGGCAAGCCUUUGGUUUCAGUCGUCGCCUUCUCCUCUGACACUCUUGACAUUUACAAUAUUGCUGAUGGUAUGAGUGGCAAGGGCUGGCAUCUAAAUGCUUUGCAAUCUCCUGCUGCCAUCCAUGUUGCUGUUACGUUGCCUAUCGUGCCUGUGGUGGAGGACUUGCUUAACGACCUCGAAGCAUGUGUCGAAGAGGAAAGAGAAAAACAACGACAAGCUGCUGUGGAUGGCAAGAGCAAACCACUCAAGAAGGGAGAUGCGGCUGCUCUGUACGGAGUCGCUGGUGCUUUGCCAGACAAGAGUAUUGUUGAAGACUUGGCUGCCGGCUUCUUGGAUUGUCUUUACAAGGCUUAA